ACCGAUGUGGCUGUGGCCCGAACCAUUCUUGGGUCUGGGGGGUGCCCCGGGGGCGACGGGGGGCUGCGGGUGGCGGGGAGAGGGGUCCCCAGCAGGUGGAGAGGGGGAGGUGCCUCUUCUCAGCCGCCAGCGGGCGCCAGGAAAAGGCGAGGGCUGGCCCCAUCACAGCUGCUCGGGAAAGAAGUGCCGGCAGGGUCGCCCGCGCGCCGCCAGCCGCCCCCCCGCCAGCGCGCACGCCCAGCCCGGCGGCUGCAGACACGCGCUCGCGCUGCCUCCCCCGGCCGGCCCCCCACGCCGCCGCCACCCCAGAAUCCCCAAGGGUCCCGCAUCGGAAAGUGAGCCUCGGUUCUCCGCUCAGCCUGGCGGCCCCGUCCAGCCUCCUGCGCACCCCAUGCCGGCCCUCCUGCUCCUCGGGACCCUCCUGCUCCUGGCCUCCGCCGCCGGCCAGGCCAGGGCGCGCCCGUCCAACGCCACGAGCGCCGAGCCCCCGGGCCCGCUGCCGGCCCUGCUGGCGCACCUGCGGCGCCUGACCGGGGCCUUGACGGGCGGCGGGGGCGCGGCGGGCGCGGGCGCCAAUGGCACGAGGACGAGCCCCGCGGGCGCGGCGGCGCGGGCGCCCCCUCCGGCCGAGCUCUGCCACGGCUACUACGACGUCAUGGGCCAGUACGACGCCACCUUCAACUGCAGCACCGGCUCCUACCGCUUCUGCUGCGGCACCUGCCACUACCGCUUCUGCUGCGAGCACCGCCACAUGCGCCUGGCGCAGGCCUCCUGCUCCAACUACGACACGCCGCGCUGGGCCACCACGCCGCCGCCCAUGGGCGGGGGCGCCGGGGGCGCCGGGGGUGCGGGCGGGGGCCCCGGGCCCGGCCAGGCCGGGUGGCUGGAAGGGGGCCGGGCAGGGGGCAACGGGAUGCGUGGGGGCGAGGGCCCCGGGGGCAGCACGGCCUACGUAGUGUGCGGGGUCAUCAGCUUCGCCCUGGCCGUGGGCGUCGGAGCCAAAGUGGCCUUCAGCAAGGCGUCCCGUGCGCCCAGGGCGCACCGGGAUAUCAACGUGCCCAGGGCUCUGGUGGACAUCCUGAGGCAUCAGGCGGGACCCGGGACCCGCCCGGACCGGGCACGGAGCAGCUCCUUGACCCCGGGGGUCGGGGGUCCCGACAGUAUGGCCCCGAGGACACCCAAGAACCUCUACAACACCAUGAAGCCCUCCAAUCUCGAUAACCUGCACCACAACUACCUGCACCUCAACGUCAACAGCCCCAAGCACCACGCCACCACGCUGGACUGGAGGGCCGCCCCACCUCCCAGCCCCAACUUGCAUUACUCCACGCUGUCCUGCUCUCGGUCUUUCCACAACCUCUCGCAUCUGCCCCCGUCCUACGAGGCUGCUGUGAAAUCCGAACUCAACCGCUACUCCUCCCUCAAGAGGCUGGCCGAGAAGGACCUGGACGAGGCGUACCUGAAGCGCUGGCACCUGGGGGAGGUGCCCCGCGGGACGCUGCCCCUGCACACGCUGCGGCGCCCGGGCACCGGCGGCGGCUACCGCCUGGACGGCUGGGGCGGCGCCGAGGAGCUGGGCCUGGCGCCCGCGCCCCACCCGCGGCGGGUCAUGUCCCAGGAGCACCUGCUGGGCGACGGCGGCCGCUCGCGCUACGAGUUCACGCUGCCGCGCGCGCGCCUGGUGUCGCAGGAGCACCUGCUGCUGUCGUCGCCGGAGGCCCUGCGCCAGAGCCGCGAGCACCUGCUGUCGCCCCCGCGCAGCCCCGGGCUGCCCCCCGAGCCCGCCGCCCGCGCCGGCCUGGCCGCCUCGCACUCCAACCUGCUGCUGGGGCCCGGGGGCCCCCCCACGCCGCUGCACGGGCUGCCGCCGCCCGGCCUGCACGCGCACCACCACCACCUGCACGCGGCGCAGCCCGCCUGGCUGGCGGACGCGGGCGGCGGGGGCGCGCUGGCCGGCCGGCCGCCCUUCCAGCGCCAGGGCACCUUGGAGCAGCUGCAGUUCAUCCCCGGCCACCACCUGCCGCAGCACCUGCGCACGGCCAGCAAGAACGAGGUGACUGUCUGAGGCCGGGCGGGCGGGGGGAGGCCUGGCGGGGGCCCUCCCCUCCCCCCUCGGCCUGGAUCCCCCACACACCCCAGGGGCCCGGACCUGAUCCGCCUGCGGCCCAGGCGGCUGCCUCUGAUGACACUGCUUUGAGUGAACUCGUCCGGGAGACCAGGCCUAGAAUGUCACAGAUGAGAUCCCUCCGCCUACGUCACUGUUUGAGGCAAGACCGCCUUCCCAUGACGUCAUCACGGAGGAAGAGGCUUGCCGGCGAGGUUGUCACUGGCCCAGGCCAAGCCUUCCCAGGAGGCCAUCACAGGGGAAGAGGCCAGGCCUGAGGUCAUCGCUAGAGGCCAUAUUCCUGACGUCAUCACAGACUUCCUUCUCGUGAAGUCCUGGCAGAGGCAAUGCCUUGUCCUACGGCGUCAUCCCUGGAGACAACGAUUCCUUCCUGGGAUGUCAAUUCAGAGACAGGUCUCGCCCUUAUGACAUCAUCUCUGGCACCCAAAGGCCUCCUUUGACAUCAUCGUCCGCAGGAAAAUCCUUCCCUCCAGAGAAGAGGCCUCUGUCCAUGGUGUCAUCCCUGCAGACAAAGCCAUCUUGCUGGGACGCGCUGCGGGGAAGCCUCGCCAAGUGUGUCCUCCCUCGACAGAAGGCCUCCUUUCCGCGACAUCGUCACAGGGACUCCGCCUCCUUCCUGUGAUGCUAUCACCAGAGAAGGUGCCUUGCCCGAUGACAUCAUCUGAGGGACCGUGCCUCUCCCAGGGGGUCCGUCACCAGAGCUGAGAGCCCUUCGGUGAGGUCACCACCAGACCCCGCGGGCUCUGAGGGGCCACUGCUGCUGCCACGUCACGAGAAGGCAGGGCGUGCCCGGAGUCCGGGAGCAAGUGCCCUGUCCUGAGACAUCGCCAGAGGGCAUGCCAUCGCUGGGGAGGCUGCCCAGCUAGAGGUCUCCCCAGAGGUGAUGGUCUGUCUAUAGGCGGUUUGCAGUGAGGACCCCCACUCCCGCCUGAGGCUGGGUCCCAAUGCGAUGAUGUCAUCACCAGAGACACUGCCCACUCUGGAGGGCCAUCACUUGUGAUGGUGUCACCAGUUUCUGCCUUGUCCCACCGUGACUUGCCCUGGCCCCAGUGACAUGCGCUGCGGGGUCCCCACCAGACGCUCCCGCUAAAGGGGGGUUGGGCUGGGGUCCCAGCCUUGUGCAGUGAUGUCACCUCCUGUGUGAUUCCCGGAGGCGGCACCCCCAGGCUGGCUUCUG